AUGAGUAAGUGCGCGGAUUUAACGAUUCGUUCGUUUAGAGAAAUAAAUCGCUGCCGUUGGCCCCAAACAAUGUAUCGAACGCGAAGCGGCAACAGCGUUGCCAUGACUUUGCUUUGGCUCGCUGCACUCAACGUUGCAGCCACACCAGCAGCAGCAGUGGCAAUAACGACAAAUGCCAGCGCGGCAAUAACCAGUGCAACAACAACAAUUGCUGUCACAACAACAACAAUAACUGCCUCAAAUCCGCAAAUCCCAUAUACAGCAAAUCGGAAAAUAAUUCCAAAUACCCCACAAUGGCUAAGAAUGGCAACAGUUGCAGCGUCCGCGUCGCCAUACGCGCCCGCGUCCGAACCAGCUGCUGGCUUACCGCGCACAACAGCAUUGGCUCUAGCCUCAGCUUCAGCGCUAAUAUCCACGCUGCCGCCAUUGAGUCAAAGCAAUGCUGCAAAUUACUUCACUUUAGUCGGCAAAUUUAAUCCGGUCGGUGAAGCGGCAUGGUCGCGGGCAGCCGAGGCAGCAGCUGUAAAUGCAGCUGUUGCUGCCACAACGUUUGACAGUAAUCCUAAUACCAACAGUGGAAAUAACAAAAAUAACACUACUUUCACCACACCGUUAAAUGUUAGCCAACAUCCUGGCGAGCUGUGCAAUCGUCGUUGCAUCGCGGGCGACAGUCGCAUUUGCUAUUUCAAAUUUACGCUAGAACAUUACCAGGUCAUGGGGGUCGCUUGUGGCCGUUGCGCGCUCGGCAUCAUCGCCGAUUGCUAUACACCACAAUGCAUCUUGGCCGAUGGUUAUGAGAAGGGUGUAAUGAGCAUUAACCGGCAACUACCCGGUCCAGCCAUUCAGGUGUGUCGCGGCGAUUUGAUUAUAGUGGAUGUGGCUAACCAAGCCCUUGGUACCGCAGCUGCUAUACACUGGCAUGGUCAGCAUAUGGUUGCGACCCCCUGGUCGGAUGGUGUACCCUUUGUCACACAAUGCCCCAUACACUUUGCCAACUCGUUCCGUUACCAUUUUUGGGCCACCGAAGCGGGUACGCAUUUCUACCACUCGCACUCAGGUCACCACAAGGUCAAUGGUCAGUAUGGCGCCCUAAUUGUGCGCGAUGAGCCCGCUGCUAUGCUCAGCAAAGACACCUAUGACUUCGAUUUACCUGAGCACUAUAUACUCAUAGCCGACUGGAUGCAUACAUAUGGCGAACAAUAUUUUCCAGGAGAGCCUUCUUCAGCUGGCAUAUUUCCCGAUUCUGUGCUGAUCAAUGGUCGUGGUAUAUAUUAUACCAAAGAGGGUGUACGUGUGCCAACUGUGGUGCCACCAAUGAUUUAUUAUGUUUUACCGGGAAAACGCUAUCGUUUCAGACUUAUAAAUUCGAUUAGUCACUCGUGUCCGUUUCAAUUGCAGAUCGAACGUCACAACAUGAGCAUCAUUGCUUCCGAUUCUUACGAUUUGAAGCCGUACCCAUUCGAUACAAUCAUCUCAAAUGCCGGUGAGCGUUACGAUUUCGUUGUAUUCACUAAUAAUACUGAGGGUGAUUACUGGAUUCGUGUACGUGGUAUGGGUGUUUGUGCCAUUUUGCCAACCGAGUCCUUUGCUCUGCUACGCUAUGUGAGUAAUGAAGUUAUUGUAGACUCUGUUGAGGAACGCCCAUUACCACCGAUGCCGCUAUAUAAUGAAACCUACGUAUCGGGGGUGUUCCUCAAUCACCCCAAUGGCAGCUGUGGCGCCAGUGACAAUCACUGCAUUAGCGAAUUGGAGUCACUAGAACAGGACGAAAUACUGCGCACUGCCACACCGGAUCACCAACUUUUCCUUGCAUUUCACAAUUUUCCAGUGCCAAAUAGUGAAAUCUUCAAAAAUGGCAACUACUAUCAUUUCGCGAAUCUGCAGAACAAUCUAACUAUUGUGGGCGCUAUCAACAAUUUAAGUUUCGUCUUUCCAAGUUAUCCACCGCUAACGCAACCCGAGGCUAUGAACGAUACACAAUUUUGCACUGAACUUGAACGUCCGGCUCAUUGUCGUGGUAAUCGCCUGUGUCCGUGUGUGCAUCGGCUACUCGUCCGGCACGGUAGUGUGGUCGAACUGAUAUUAGUCGAUGAAACGGAAUUGGUCGGUCGCUUGCAUCAUCCAUUUCAUUUGCACGGCCAUCGUUUUAUCGUUACUGCCUUGGGACGUGAUUCUACUGGAAUGCCAAUGUCUGUUUCAACUGCCAAACGAUUGAAAGUCAACAACAAUUUGUUGGCACACAACAGCAACAACACAAGGCCACCAUUUAAGGAUACCGUAUCGAUACCGAGUCGCGGAUAUGCAGUCGUACGCUUUCGAGCUGAAAAUCCAGGAUUCUGGCUAAUGCACUGCCACUAUGAAUGGCAUUUGUCCAUCGGCAUGGGCUUAAUUCUGCAAGUGGGCAACACCAGCGAAAUGGUGCCAACACCAAAAGCAUUCCCCAGCUGUGGUAAUUACCUACCCGAACUGAAUGAGUUGCAAGCAUUUCGCGCUAAAAAACUAUAUUUCAUGUAA